AUGGCACAGCAUUACGAGUAUUACAAUGACGAGACCGUGGCGACCGAAGCGUCCGAUGAUUCUUGGAGUGAGGUUGAGAUUCGCGUGCAGCAAUCAUCCCCAAAACAAGCCGUAAGCUUCCACGAGUACAACGGCGCUGUGACAGCAGCAGGAGAAAACAGAAUAGUCGAUGAUUUGUAUUCCUACGCCGCCGCCGACGACGACGACUACUGCAGCUUGUUCCGACAGGUGUUUGAAGACAGCGAUACCAGCGACUUGGAGUCAGAAUACGAUGACUACGAAAACAGCCACGAAAGCCGGAAGAUUUUUGCUGCUGCCCAAGAGAUGUUUGACCACGACGAGCAGGAUGAAUGUCAAGUCUUGAACCUCCCUGCUGGCCUUUACGAACUUGAGGACAAGAACCACAUUACCGUCCCCAAACAGAUGUUGCGUGAAGACGGGAAUGAUGAGUGCCAUGUCUUCUCUCUAUCUGAUGAUUUCCUUGCACAUCUCAGAGACCUCGCCCAGAACCAGUCGGACGAUUCUGACAAUGAAAGUGAAUCAAGCAGUGCCGAGGUCGCAGAUGAAGCAGAAAUAUCUGACGUCAAUUAUAGUAGUUUGUACGACAAGGAACUGCAGCGCUGGUGCUUUGAUCCGAUCGAGAGCAGAGUGCUUAGCAUGAUCGAAGUUUCUGGCAGCCGCCAGCCAAAAGUUUGGAAUACGAGCGGGGGACUAUGGGUGGUCCACAGCAUGCCUGAGGCAGAUCUUGCGUCUUGGACUGGCAGUGAAGAAUUUUAUUUCGCUCUAGACCUAGAAAUGGAAAAGGAAAUGGAACAACACGAAUCUAUUUACGAGGGAGUCUGGCAUCCAAUAGUUGAAUAUAUGGCCAGAUCACGCUUGGAAAGAGCAGUGGAUUUGCGCCAUUGCCGGUCAGUUGAUAUUCAUGACGGCAUACUAGAGUCUGCAUACACACCAUAUUUGUAA